AUGGCCGGGGCAGCUCCGAUCCCGGACGGGGAAUUCACGGCGGCCAUUUACGGGCUGAUCCGGGCCGGGCGGUUCGCGGAGGCGGUGGGGAUCUUGGGCAGCGAGCUGCAGAAUAGCUGCCGCUCCCGGGCCGGCCUCUCGCUGCUCGGCUACUGCUACUACCAGCUGCAAGACUUCGCGGCGGCGGCUGAGUGCUACGAGCAGCUGGGGGCGCUGCACCCGGAGCUGGACGAGUACCGGCUCUACCAGGCCCAGGCCCUCUACAAGGCCGGGCUCUACCCCGAGGCCCUGCGGGUCGCCAGCCCCCUGCUCGAUGUGCCUGCUUACCAGGGACGCGCCCUUCGCCUGCAGGCUGCUGCCCACUACGCACAGGGUGACCUCUCCGCAGCCAAGAGCUUGGUGGAGCAGGUGCUGGCCUCUGCUGCGGAGAGCAGCCCUGGAGCCGCUGAAGACCCCUCAGAGCUGCCAGAUGCCGAGGUCAACCUAGGCUGCCUGUUGUACCGGGAAGGGCGGCACGAGGAGGCCUGUGGCAAAUUUGCGGGUGCCAUGCAGGUGCUGGGCUACUGCCCUGAGCUGUCAUACAACAUGGCGCUAUGCUGCUACGCAGCCAAGCAAUAUGCACCUGCCCUCAAACACAUCUCUGAUAUCAUUGAGCGCGGCAUCCACCAGCACCCCGAGCUCAGUGUGGGCAUGACCACCGAGGGCAUCGACGUCCGCAGCGUGGGCAACACACUGCUCCUGCACCGCACUGCCCUGGUGGAAGCCUUCAAUCUCAAAGCUGCCAUCGAGUACCAGCUACGCAACUUGGAAGCAGCCCAGGAGGCACUCACAGAUAUGCCACCAAGGGCCGAGGAAGAGCUGGACCCUGUCACCCUGCACAACCAAGCGUUGAUGAACAUGGACAGCCGUCCCACUGAAGGGUUUGAGAAACUGCAGUUCCUUCUGCAACAGAACCCCUGCCCACCAGAGACCUUUGGGAACUUGCUGCUGCUGUACUGUAAACAUCAAUACUAUGACCUGGCUGCCGAUGUGUUGGCAGAGAAUGCCCAUCUGACCUACAAGCUGCUCUCACCUUAUCUUUACAACUUCCUGGAUGCCAUGAUUACAUGUCAAACUGCUCCUGAGGAGGCCUUCCACAAGCUAGAUGAUCUGGCAGGGACAAUGACUGAGCAGCUGAGAAAGCUCACUAAGCAGGUGCAGGAAGCUAGGCAAAACCGGGAUGAUGAGGCUGUCAAGAAGGCAGUUAAUGAAUAUGAUGAGACUCUGGAGAAAUAUGUGCCCAUCUUGAUGGCCCAGGCCAAGAUAUAUUGGGACAUGGAGAAUUACACUAUGGUGGAGAAGAUCUUUCGCAAGUCAGUGGAGUUCUGCAAUGAACACGAGGUGUGGAAGCUGAAUGUGGCUCAUGUGCUCUUCAUGCAGGAGAACAAGUACAAAGAGGCCAUCGGCUUCUAUGAGCCCAUUGUCAAGAAGCACUAUGAUAACAUCCUGCAAGUCAGUGCCAUUGUGCUGGCCAACCUUUGUGUCUCCUACAUCAUGACCAGUCAGAAUGAAGAGGCAGAGGAGCUGAUGAGGAAGAUUGAGAAGGAAGAAGAGCAGCUCUCCUAUGACGACCCUGAUAAAAAGAUCUACCACCUCUGCAUCGUUAACCUAGUGAUCGGCACACUCUAUUGUGCCAAAGGAAACUAUGACUUUGGCAUCUCAAGGGUAAUUAAAAGUUUGGAGCCUUAUAACAAAAAGUUAGGCACAGAUACUUGGUAUUAUGCUAAAAGGUGCUUCCUGUCCUUGCUGGAGAACAUGUCCAAGCACAUGAUCAUGCUGCGUGACAGUGUUAUCCAAGAGUGUGUGCAUUUUCUAGAGCAGUGUGAACUAUAUGGCAGGAACAUCCCCGCUGUUAUUGAGCAACCACUUGAAGAAGAGAGGAUGCACAGUGGGAAGAACACAGUUACAUAUGAAGCCAGGCAGUUGAGGGCACUGAUAUAUGAGGUCAUUGGGUGGAAUAUGUGAAUGCUGUGGCAUUCCCAUACAAGAUGGAGAUGGACUAUAAUUCUCUUGUUUUAUUUUCACUUUUGUUGAUGUUGACUCUGGCUAUCCAAAGUAGUGUAUUUUCUCUUUGAUGUAUUAUAUUUAAAUAUAUUUGUUCUACUGUUUUGCUGUAUUUAAUGGAAGAUGGUGUACUAGCACAAAAUUAACAUAUUUAACGACUAACGAUAUCCUCAUGCAUCAGUGAUAUUUCAUGUUUUGUUUUUUUAAAGAUAUAACUACCACCACAAACCUUAUUACAGAAAUGUUGUGGAGGUUCUUCUGUGUAUAUGGUUUUAUUAAUAUGAAGCUACAUUAACUAGCUUUUAUAAUCUGUAUGUUGACACUGAAAUAAUUUCUCUUCCUUCUCCUAUCAGUUUUGUGACUAGACUUUAAUGGAAAUCUGGUAUAAAGCCAUUUCUUUAAUUUAUGGUCAUUUCCCUCUUUUGGGAAAUGCUUUCUUUGUUUGAUUUUCCUACUGCACUUUUAAUAUAUUUUCUAUUAUAGUGGUUGUAUUUCCUAAUACAAACAUCGU